AUGUCCAGUACCGAAACCCAACAGCAAACCAAAGUCGUCCUUACGCAGGCAUUCGACGAAAAGGCGCAUGUAGGGUCCCGGUAUACCGACUAUCUUCCCGUGUACGACACCACCACGACAUUCCCGCCCACGCAACCGUUCGAAGUGCGUGACCGGGGCCUUGACGCCGACCCAGCCAAGCCCAAUCUGCUGAAUGCCGACAAUGUCACCGUGACCAAACUCACGCCCCGGAUUGGCACUGAGAUCCGAGGCCUCCAGCUAUCACAACUGACCGAUGCUCAGAAGAACGAGCUGGCCUUGCUCAUCGCCGAGCGGGGUGUCGUGGUGUUCCGAGACCAGGACUUCAAGGACAUUGGGCCGCAGAAGCAGAAAGAAUUCGGCCGCUACUUUGGGCCCCUGCACAUCCAUCCGGUGGGUGCUCAUGUGAAAGACCACAUUGAGCUCCACAACAUCUAUUUAGGCCCAGACAACCUCUAUCGGGCCCAAACCCGCUCGUCCAAGUUGACCACCACGGGACAGCAUUCGGAUGUCUCGUACGAACAUCAACCGCCGGGCGUCACCAUCCUGACGUUGCUCGAAGUCCCCAGCAGUGGAGGUGACACUGGCUGGACAUCUCAGGUGGUGGCGUACGAACGUCUCUCCGACCCAAUUAAGAAGCUGCUGGAAGGCUUGCGGGCUGAGCACAGCGGAUUUCCGCAGGCUGACGGGGCCCGACGAGACGGCAAGCAUGUUCGCCGCGAGCCGGUCAAGUCGGACCAUCCUAUUGUGCGAGUCCACCCUGUGACGGGCCAGAAGGCGCUGUUCGUCAAUCCGGGCUUCACCAAGAAAAUUAUUGGUUUGAAGGACGAGGAAUCCGAUGCCAUUCUUCAGUUAUUGUUCAAGCAUAUCUCCCAAGGCCAGGACUUCCAAGUCCGAGUCAAAUGGGACGACCGCACCGUUUCGCUAUGGGACAACAGAGUGACUUCUCACACGGCCAUUUCCGACUACGACGUGAAUGACGGCGCAGAAGGCUUGAGACAUGGCUUCCGCAUCACCACCCUGGCGGAGAAGCCGAAAGGGGUGAAUGGACUUGAAUCCGUGUGGUGA